AUGGCUUACGUGUUAACAGAGACUUCGGCCGGUUACGCGCUGUUAAAGGCGUCGGACAAGAAGAUCUACAAGUCAUCUUCGCUGAUCCAGGACCUCAACACUUCAGACAAGGUGCUGAAGCAGUUCAAGGUUGCUGCCUUCUCGAAGUUCGGCUCCGCUGCUGAGGCGUUAGAGGAGGCCAACUCUAUCGUUGAGGGUAAGGUCUCAAGUCAGCUACAGAAGCUGCUUGACGAGAGCAAGGCCGACAAGAAGGCUACUCUGGUGGUCAGUGAAACCAAGCUUGCUAACGCCAUCAACAAGCUAGGCCUCAACUUCAACGUCGUCUCCGACGCCGUGACCCUCGACAUUUUCAGAGCUGUGAAAGAGCAUUUGCCUGAGUUGCUGCCUGGCUUGUCAGACAAUGACUUGUCCAAGAUGUCUCUUGGUCUAGCGCACUCCAUUGGCCGUCACAAGCUGAAGUUCUCCGCCGACAAGGUCGAUGUCAUGAUUAUCCAGGCCAUCGCGUUGCUAGAUGACUUGGACAAGGAGCUCAACACUUAUGCUAUGAGAUGCAAGGAAUGGUACGGCUGGCACUUCCCAGAACUCGCCAAGAUUGUGACUGACUCUGUCGCGUUUGCCAGAAUCAUCUUGACCAUGGGCGUCAGAUCUAACGCCGCUGAGACAGACCUGAGCGAGAUCUUACCUGAAGAGAUUGAGGAGCGUGUCAAGGCUGCUGCCGAGAUCUCCAUGGGUACUGAGAUCACUCCUACAGACUUGGAAAACAUCAAGGCUCUAGCGACUCAGAUUACAGAGUUUGCUGCGUACAGGGAGCAAUUGUCGAACUACUUGUCCGCCAGAAUGAAGGCUAUUGCCCCCAACUUGACCCAACUAGUAGGCGAAUUGGUUGGUGCUAGACUGAUUGCCCACGCUGGCUCUCUGAUUUCUUUGGCCAAGUCUCCUGCCUCUACCAUCCAAAUCUUGGGUGCUGAGAAAGCUUUGUUCAGAGCUUUGAAGACUAAGCAUGACACUCCAAAGUACGGUUUGCUGUACCAUGCUUCUCUAGUUGGUCAAGCUACGGGUAAAAACAAGGGUAAAAUCGCCAGAGUGUUGGCCGCGAAGGCUGCCGUGUCUCUGCGUUAUGACGCCCUAGCUGAAGACAGGGACGACUCAGGUGACGUGGGUUUGGAGGCUAGAUCCAAGGUUGAGAGCAGGUUGUCUCAGUUGGAGGGCAGAGAUCUGAGAACCACUCCAAAGGUUGUUCGUGAGGCUAAGAAGGUCGAGAUUACUGAAGCCAGAGCUUACAACGCUGAUGCGGACACUGCCACCGAGGCUGCUCCUGCCGCCGAUUCUGACGACGAAGAGUCCGAGGCUGAAGAAAAGGCCGAGAAGAAGGACAAGAAGAAGGAGAAGAAGGACAAGAAGGACAAGAAGAGAAAGAGAGAAGAGGACUCAGAAGAAAAGGACGCUAAGAAGUCUAAGAAGGACAAGAAAGAGAAGAAAGAAAAGAAGGAGAAGAAGGAGAAGAAGGACAAAAAGUCCAAGAAAGACAAGAACUAA